CGCACACAGCCUGCGUCCCUCGGCGUCUCUCAUGUGAUGAAAACACGGGAAACGGAAGAGACUUUCAUGCUCUCGGGGUGAAUCUUUACAGUCAUCAUGCAGAGUACAGCGAACUAUCUGUGGAUGAUGAAUGACCUGCUGGGUCAGGGAGCCACAGCCAACGUUUACCGCGGUAGACACAAGAAAACCGGCGAUCUCUAUGCGGUCAAAGUGUUUAAUAACCUGAGCUUCCUGCGUCCGCUGGACGUCCAGAUGAGGGAGUUCGAGGUGCUGAAGAAACUCAACCACAAAAACAUCGUGAAGCUCUUCGCCGUUGAAGAGGAGUCGAACACGCGUCACAAGGUGUUGGUGAUGGAGUACUGUCCGUGCGGAAGCCUCUACACGGUUCUCGAGGAACCGACGAACGCUUACGGACUCCCGGAGGACGAGUUCCUCAUCGUUCUGCAGGAUGUCGUGGCCGGAAUGAAUCAUCUGAGAGAGUACGGGAUCGUCCAUCGAGACAUCAAGCCUGGGAACAUCAUGCGUGUGAUCGGAGAAGACGGACGAUCCGUCUACAAACUGACCGACUUCGGAGCCGCGCGUGAGCUGGAGGACGACGAGCAGUUCGUGUCGCUCUACGGCACGGAGGAGUAUCUGCAUCCCGACAUGUACGAGCGAGCCGUGCUGAGGAAAGACCACCAGAAGAAAUACGGAGCCACGGUGGAUCUGUGGAGCAUCGGAGUCACGUUUUAUCACGCCGCCACCGGCUGCCUGCCGUUCAGACCGUACGAAGGGCCGCGCAGGAACAAAGAAGUCAUGUAUAAGAUCAUCACAGAGAAGCCGUCCGGCGCGAUCUCGGGUCAUCAGAAGUUUGAGAACGGGAAGAUCGAGUGGAGCUCAGAGAUGCCGAUCUCCUGCAGUCUCUCCAAGGGUCUUCAGAGUCUCCUAACUCCAGUGCUGGCCAACAUCCUCGAGGCAGACCAGGAGAAAUGCUGGGGCUUCGACCAGUUCUUCGCUGAGACCAGUGAUAUCUUACAUCGCAUCGUGGUCUACGUGUUCAGUCUGCAGCAGGCCACGCUUCACCACAUCUACAUACACACAUACAACACGGUCAGUCUCUUCCAGGAGCAGCUCUUCAGACGGACGAACAUAAAUCCUUCCCAUCAGGACUUUCUGUAUGAGGGCCGACACCUCGUCCUCGACCCGAACCGGCAGGCUCAGACCUUCCCCAAAACCUCCAGAGAGAAUCCCAUCAUGCUGCUGAGCAGAGACCCAGUCAACACCGUCGGCCUGCUGUUCGAGGACCCUAGCCCAAUCAAAGUCCAGCCGCGCUACGAUCUGGAUCUAGACGCUAGCUUCGCCAAGACGUACGCAGGUGAUGUCGGAUAUCUGUGGAAGACGUCCGAUUCUUUGCUUCUGUACCAGGAGCUGGUGAGGAGAGGCGUGCGAGGCCUGAUCGAGCUGAUCAGAGACGAGUACAGUGAGACGGUGCACAAGAAGACGGAGGUGAUUCACAUGUGUAACUACUUCAGCCAGACGCUGGAGCAAACCGAGCAGCUGUGUGAGGUUCUGAUGCAGGGAAGCCUCCUGUCGGCGGAGUGCGAUGAGAUCCGGGACACGAGGAAGAAGGUGAUGCGGCUCUCUAGCUCUCUGGGCUCCAAGGAGCAAACGCUUCAGGAAAUCAGCAGCAUGUUCCUGUCGGGAGAAAGUCUGACCGAUUCGUGGAUGCAGCAAGUGGGAACGCACCCGGAGGACAGGAAUGUGGAGAAGAUGAAGGUUCUGCUGGACGCCAUCAGCAGCAUCUACCAGCAGUUCAAGAAGGACAAGGCCGAGAGACGUCUGCCUUAUAAUGAAGAACAAAUCCACAAGUUUGACAAGCAAAAGCUGGUUCUUCAUGCAACCAAAGCGCGGGCGCUCUUCACAGACGAGUGUGCCAUGAAAUAUCGCCUCUUCAUCUCCAAGAGCGAGGAGUGGAUGAAGAAGUUCCAUCACACGCGGAAACGCCUCUUGACUCUGACUGGUCAGUUCAGCGGCAUGGAACAGGAAGUGACCGUGCUCAUGCAGCGUGUGUAUAAACUGCUGGAGCUGUUACCGCAGAAGAUGGUGCCCGUGACGUCUGGAGGAAUCAAACCGCAGACGUACCUCAGUCCCAACACACUGGUGGAGAUGACUCUGGGGAUGAAGAAGCUGAAGGAGGAGAUGGAAGGAGUCGUGAAGGAGCUGAUGGAGAACAACCUGUUCCUGGAGAGGUUCGGGACGCUGACGGUGGACAGCAGCAUCAGAGCCGUGGAUCGGAUGUGACGAGGUCGUCUCUCUCGGAUCAUCACAGCACAAAUAAUGCACUCUUAGUUGUACAUAUGAAAAUAAUGUAAAUAAUACACGUCUUAAACUUUACUUUAAGCCAUUAAUUUUAAUCUUGCGUUAUUUCUAUGAAUGUCAACAUCAAACUAGAGUUGCUCUUAACCCCCGAAUAAGAGAUUCGAUUUCUGUUCUCGCCAUGAAAAUGAAAUAUUUUCAUCUUUUUGAUACAUAAACUUCUGUGCGGUUACACAAGUGUUUCCCUUCAGUGUAAAUGAAAGCACUAUUUAUAGACAUUAAUGUUUGUUUCUGUAAAUGAGUAAAAAGCAGAGACGAGUUCUGAUAAAACCUUUGUGUUUAUAAUUUCUCACAUGUUCAACACAUGAUCGUUUUAGCUGGUUAUAUCACAUGUUCUGGGAAUUUUGUUAUUUUUUUUGCUUAUUCAUGAUGUGCAGUGUGCACCAGAGGUCAAAGGUCAGCUGAAAA